GCCUUAAUCGUGGGUUACUCAUGUGCACUGCACAUGUCAACAAAUUUCAAUAGAGUUUUUUAAAUAUUAUUAUAGACAAAUAGUGGAAUUCUCGAGGAACUGACUGCCAUAAUUUUAUCGAUAUGGCCCUCAAUGAAAGAUACGAACGUUCGGCAGAAGAGGUGGACGAAACUCUGAAGCUGGCUGGGCUUUCGCCGCAAAAAUUGAUGAAUUCUACUCAGGUGCUCUACAGCAACCUGAAACAACGACCUGAAUUAGACAAGAAUAAAAAGUUAAUAUUACUGGAGAUGGACGAGCAUUUAGUGUCUUGUGUGAAAGAAGAUCAGGACUUGUGUUUCAAGAGUGGAAUAGACGGUCAUAUAGUCCUGUGCAGUGAUACGAGGACUUACGAAGUUAAAGAGGCUGAAAUGUCAAAUUCCCUGAUUCUAGUUCCGAAAUUAAAAUUAUCGGAGGAAAUAAAAAAAAUGGAGAAUCAGGGAGAAAGAAAAGUUGAAAGGAUUGACAUUGAGAGGAUUUUUCAUACGUAUUAUGAGCUUCGAGAGUCCAGGCUCAAAGUAGGAGAUUUGUUAGCUAUUCUGAGUCCCUCAUCGUUCAAAGGAGUAGAAUACGAAAGACAAAUCGAUAAAUCGUCAUUGUAUACUUGGAAAAGACUGCGGGAGAGUGUACAAAUGAGCGAUGGGGAAUUGAAAAAUGCAUUUUCCCAGAAUCUAGUGGCUGAAAUUGACGGAUAUUAUCGUUUAAUUGCUUUCGAGUAUGAAGCCAGAGCUUUAACUCUGAUGUUAGACUUUAUGGAGGAGAAUUCCUGGCAACCGGAUGAAGUAGAUAAAGAGCAAACGUUCGAGGCACUAGAGGAACUUAUUCCACGGCCAGUCUUUGACCUGAUCUUUGAUAGAUACACAGAGAGAAGCUCGAAGAGUAAAAAGCAGGAGUCUGCAGAGGGUCACUCUCUGUAUGCCUAUAAUGCAGAGAAAGUUUGUCAGCUGUUGGCUAAAGUGCUAUUGGCUGCAUCUCCUAGAAAUGCCUACGAAAAAUUCAUGCAGGCCUGGCAAAUCGGAGCGCCUGAACACUUGAAACCCAAAGAGAAGUAUUUGAAUGGUCUAGCUGUCAUCGAAUACAACAAGGACAAAGGAAGAACAGAUAUUGUAGCUUUUCCCGAGUCCAGUCUCUCUGAAGACAUUCACGAACGAUUCCAUCAACUUUUCCAGGUCAAAGACAAGUGGACUGUCGAUGAAAUCACGCCCUACAUAUCGCGUCUAACAACGAAGAGCUCUAAUGUCACUGGUCUCCUCACGAAAUAUACCCGGCCUUCCACAGUCAAUGGAAUUAGGUACUACAGUUGUAAACAUGGAAAAUGAAUGAAUGAUUUGUUAUUAAAAAAAUGCUACAAUCUAAUUUUUCAAGUA